AGCAUGUCCAAGCCCAGCGACCACAUCAAGCGCCCCAUGAACGCCUUCAUGGUGUGGUCCCGCGGCCAGCGGCGCAAGAUGGCCCAGGAGAACCCCAAAAUGCACAACUCGGAGAUUAGCAAGCGGCUGGGCGCGGAGUGGAAGUUGCUCUCCGAGGCGGAGAAGCGCCCCUACAUCGACGAGGCCAAGCGGCUGCGGGCGCAGCACAUGAAGGAGCAUCCCGACUACAAGUACAGACCCCGGCGCAAGCCCAAGAACCUGCUCAAAAAGGACAGGUAUGUCUUCCCUUUGCCUUACCUCGGGGAAACCGAUCCCUUAAAGGCCGCCGGGCUUCCCGUGGGGGCCACUGACUCUCUGCUGAGCUCCCCGGAGAAGGCCAGGGCUUUCCUGCCUCCCACCUCAGCACCUUACUCCUUACUUGACCCCAGCCAGUUCAGCUCCAGCGCCAUUCAGAAGAUGACUGAGGUUCCUCACACCUUAGCCACCAGCACCCUGCCCUACGCCUCCACCUUGGGAUACCAGAACGGGGCGUUUGGCAGCUUGAGCUGCCCCAGCCAACACACCCACACUCACCCCUCGCCAACUAACCCGGGCUAUGUCGUGCCAUGUAACUGUACCGCUUGGUCGGCUUCCAGUUUGCAACCUCCAGUUGCCUACAUAUUAUUCCCAGGCAUGACCAAGACUGGGAUAGACCCCUAUUCUUCAGCACAUGCGACUGCCAUGUAA